CAAUGCUUCAGGAAAACUGCACCAAAUCCGGCAAGUCGCAUGAAGAGGGGGGGGGGGAUUCAGAGCUAAAUCUGCCGCUCAGUUAGUCUGAUCGAUGCCAACAAUAUAGCAAAGAUAGAGAGGGGACCACCCCAGGGUCUCUUUAAAUGCGAUCAAGUUUCACCAAGCUCAGGUCAAAUCCUUCUGUACAACGAACUCAAGAAUUGAGCCAAGAUGGAAAGUCUAACCUCGUCUUUCCCAGCACUGGUGGCGUUGCUUGCCGGGGUCACUUUUCUGUAUCGAGUGUGGUCUCGUCCAUUCGUAUGGAAUCAUCCAUCGCCUGCAAAAAUUCACCACGAGGUAAUUCCAGCGGUGACUCAGAAUGAAACGCACGCUGUGUCCAAAGAGUCCGAUUUCCCGGAAGACUGGCUGGCGGGAAAGGGGGUUUUCGAACUGGAAAGACGUGCUCUCUUCAGCAAGGCCUGGGUCUGUCUAUCCCAUCGCGCCCGAUUCUCCAAAGCCGGAGACUAUCAGUCAAUCGACCUAGCUGGGUUUCCCAUCGUUCUGAUCCUCGGAAAGGACAGCGUCGUCAGGGCUUUUCACAAUGUAUGCCGCCACCGCGCAUACCCGGUUACGAAGAAAGAAUGUGGCUCAUCCACGGUGCUGGGCUGUCGAUAUCACGGGUGGAGCUAUAACACCUACGGGCAGCUCAUCAGGGCACCUCAUUUCGACAGUGUGCCAGGGUUUGAUAAAGCUCAGAACGGGCUUUUCGCAGUGCACACCUUUACCUCAAACUCCGGGUUUGUGUUUGUCAAUUUCGAAACCAAUGCAACUGCAUCCUCGCCAGAGACAGAGGUCCUUGAUACGUUUGCUUGUAGAAAUCGAAUCUCUCCGCAGAGCAGCUGGGUGUCGGGGCAGACAUUAGAGGCGCGUUUCAACUGGAAGACCGCCCUGAGAUCAAAGCAAUUUCAGGAUGUAACAGAAUUCGAAGACCAAAAAGCUUCUCCAAUCGGAGCCCUGCUGAGCUAUCUUCAGCGAAAGCCAGAAGGAUCAUCCUUCUUCUUUCCCAUUACCUCUUUAUUCACUACCCCAAGUUCAGGGUGCUGGUUCUCUCUGAGCUUGCUUCCUCUCUCUGAGCAGAAGACCUCUGUUCGGUACGACCUGUACAGCUACAAGAAGCUGGAAGACGAAGCAACCAAAGCUUUGCUCGCCAAGUUUACUUUUGCUUUGAAAGAAAAAAUCGCAGAGAUAGAGGCCGAAUAUGAUUCAUACGUUAUUCAAAAAGGGGACUCGAUGUCUUUGCUUUCGAAGCUUGACCCCGAAGAUGCAGAAACGCAGCAGCGCAUCCUUAACCUCUUGAAAGAGCACAAGCAGCUGGAGAAAGCUCGCGGGACUGAAGUCUUCCCCGCAACGAGAGAACCCAGGACAAAUGCCAAAUAUGAGCAAGCUGAGCAGCUAUGCAGAGAGCUCGAUUGCCAAAACGGCACAGGCCAAAAGAACCUUUCGUGGUAGUUGAAGUCAUGGUGUUUCAGUUGGAGGAAUCAGUUCACAAUUCGAUCGCAUGUUGGCGGGCAUGGAAUAGCAACCGGUAGUCUGCAGCAUGAAUUGACGAAUCAAUAGUCUAUUCUAAUUAUACAUAAUGCAAGCUGGUAAUGCAAGGCCACAGUCAGUCGAAGAAAGUC